AAGGGAUCCGCAUAUUCCCAGACCGUUGCACCUUGCAUUCACAAAUCACAGACACAGAAAAAUUCAGCAUCGUGUCCGCGCACGGACGGCGGUCCGGAUCUGAAUUCCGAAUCAGAGUAAUCCCUAAAGGCGCAAAAUAUGACUGUUGAAUCAGCUGAUCAACUCCCCUAUACCGAGCCUUCAAAAUCGCAUCUCCAAUCUCAGCUCCAUCAUUAUCAUUCCUCUGAUCACGUUCCAUAUCCCAAACUCCACUCCGACGACGUCGCCUCGUCCCAGCCCGCUACUCAAGGAUCUGUCCGUAGCGCCACCGAUACUUGCUUCCCGGUUUCCGGUGGCGCUGCUACCAACAUGCCCAAGGAUUUCCAUCCUUACGUAUCUUCCCCGCCGGCACCCACUUCUUCUGCCAAGAAUACUUUAGGGUCAGUGAAGGUUGUCCUAGGAAAAUGGGGAAAGAAAGCGGCAGAGGCAACCAAAAAGUCUCAGGAUUAUGCUGGGAAUAUGUGGCAGCACUUGAGAACGGGUCCCAGUUUUGCUGAGGCAGCUGUGGGGAGAAUUGCUCAGGGAACAAAAGUUCUCGCAGAAGGUGGCUAUGAGAACAUCUUUGGACAGACUUUUCAGACUGUUCCGCAGGAGAAACUUUUAAAAACAUAUGCAUGCUAUCUGUCCACUUCGGCUGGUCCAGUGAUGGGUGUUCUAUAUCUGUCAACAGAAAAAUUGGCAUUUUGCAGUGACAAUCCUCUUUCUUACAAAAUGGGCGAGCAGACUCACUGGAGUUAUUAUAAGGUGGUCAUUCCAUUACAUCAGCUGAAAGCAGUGAAUCCAUCAACAAGCAGAUUAAAGGCAUCAGAGAAAUAUAUACAGCUCAUCUCUGUUGACAACUAUGAAUUCUGGUUUAUGGGCUUUUUGCAAUAUGACGGUGCUUUUAAAAAUAUACUAGGAGCCUUGCAGCCUCGUUGAUGUGCAUGUGAGAGGAUCAAAGGCCGCCCCACCUUUUAUCUUGUCACAGAAAAUGUGGUCUGCGUUGAUAAAUUAUUUACCGAAUCAUGGAAUUUUUCAGUUCAAUAUUAUUGUAGUCCGCUGGUCUUGAUUGCGGACAAGUCGUAAUACUAAAAUUCAUUAUUUGGUAAUUGGUGUUAAUAUUUGUUAUAUGAGCUGAUGCAAAACUUGACAAGGUAUGCGUAGAUUACUUUGCAAAAACAAAAAUUAUUUUAUUCUUUGUAAGAUGUAAAUGUAAAUGACCAUUGUAUUGGGCAUGUUGAGUUUA